AUGAAAGCCUCUCGCCAACCUCGCUUCUUCUCGUCGUCCGCCACCACCGUCACCUACACCUACCAAAACGACGACUCGCCCACUCAACCUCACGCCAAAACCACCCAAAUCUCCAUCGAAUCCGAUUCCCCGCCGUCCGCCGCCGCCGUCGCCGCCGCCGUCAAAAUACAGUCUUCCUACCGGUCCUACAUAGUCCGAAACCUCGUGAAGAAGAUCGCCGCCGCCAAUUCGGAGGCCAGCCGCCUUGAGCGCCUGAUCCAACGGCAGGAAACGGUCGACGCAGUCAGGGCGGACCCACGGGAGAGGAUCAGGAUGAACGAGGCCCUGAUGGGGCUGCUGCUGCGUCUGGAUUCGGUGCCCGGCGUGACGCCGACGGUGAGGGAGCUGCGGAGGCAGGUCAGCCGUCGGAUCGUGGGGCUGCAGGAGAUUUUGGACGCCGUUUCGCAGGAGAGGGUUGAAGAUUGGGAAUUAGGGUUUGGGUGGAAUUGGGUGGACGACAUCGUGGCAAAGAUGGAGGAGGAUGUUUGUAGAGAGAGGGGUGGGCUUGAAAUGGAGAGGUUUUGCUCCGGGCAUUUGGGGUUUCGCUGCCUCCAAAGGUUCCUUCGCGACCAAUGAUUUUUCUUUUGCCAUACAUGAAUUAUACUUUAUAUAUAUAUAUAUAUAUGCACACGCGCACACACACACAUGUAUGUAUAUGCAAUAUGUUUGCUUUUUUCUGGGUAAAUAAAUGGUUUGAGUGUUGAAUUGUGUAUCGUACAUGGCAAAUGAAAACGAUGAUCGGCAAGUGACAGCCUAGCCGAAGUCGGGUUCAAAUAGAGACCGGACAUCUCGAGUGUAAGCGGCGUGGAUCACAUGAAAUUUAAGGAUGAAAGGGUGAUGUGUCGUGCAUAAAUGGACCCGGGCACCCAACAUAGAUUCAAAUCAAAGAACCCCGUGAGGGGAUUAGGUUUUACACAAAAGAUCUCUCGACAUUGGAACAAAGCAUAAUAAGCCCGAGAAUAAUGAAAAUAUUGUUUUCGGAUUGUGCUGCCAAAUUUGGUAGUCGGUUGGGCAAAAAUUCCAUAACACCACUAUGUUGAUGCCCCUGGAAAGGUAUUUUGGUUAUUUUGCUCUUACUGAUAAAGCCCAAAUAGAACACAUGUAAACAGAAGCCACACUAAUUGAAACUUUAUUGGAAAAAAAAAAAAAAAAAACAUUAAAGUUCAACGUACAGGAUACUUUAGUUCUUUGAACAUGGACUUAAAA